UGACGUAAAAUAGAAGCGAGGGAGUCUGUUCUAAGACGGUGAACUUUUGCAAGGUAGUUUAGUAGCUCGUGGCAGCGAGCGUUGCUGUUUGAGAUAUUUUUGGAGUACCGUGAUCCCAAUAUAGCGCCUGACAUUGGAUGCCAGCCGGCCCUUCGUGGAAGAUCCUAAAGAAGGUUUUCCGCGGCACCACAACUCUUCAAGACUCGCGACAAGGCAAAUAGGAUUGAUCCAGCUCCGUCAAAUAUCGAAAAUUUCUCAAAUCAGAGACAGCUAGCUGAAACAUUUCAGAUAUGAUACCUGCUCUCGGAUGCUCCUUAAAGUUCUCUCUGUUGCAGUACAUCACCUAAAAGAAUGAUUCAAAAAACUGACCCGCCGAGCUCAAGCCUACGCGAACCAUGAACGUCUGUUUUAUUUCAAAUCAACAUCCAUCACAAGUGUGAAGAAGGACAAUCAAGCGUAUCGUAACUGCUUGCUUUAAUCUGCUCAAUAAAAUUAACCAAUAUCUUUCUGUGAGAAAAACAAACAAACAAACAAACUAACGCUUCUUUAUAACUUUGCAUUUUAUAACCAAGUGUGUGACAUACUAAUGUGUGACAGAGUGUUGUUUUUACUUCAUACAUAUGUUAAACUUAUGAAGCAAUAGGUGACCUAAAUUAUCUAACAAAGAAAUAUCAGCAGCUACGCUAUAAUUUAAUUUAAUGAUUGGCUUGAAAAGCCCACCAUAGUAUCAGUACUUAAUGAUAAUAAUUAAUAUUCCAUAACUUACAUUAUUCGAAGAAUAAGUAAAAUAGAUAGUAAAAGAUGGCAUCAGCUUGGAGCCAAUUAGAUCAGUUACUGACUUGUGCUAUAUGCUUAGAUAGAUAUAGAAAUCCUAAACUAUUACCAUGCCAACAUACAUUUUGUAUGGAACCAUGUUUGGAUGGAUUGAUUGACUAUGCUCGUAGGCAAAUUAAAUGCCCAGAAUGCCGGGCUGAGCACAGAAUACCAUAUCAAGGGAUACAGCAAUUUCCAACGAAUGUAACUCUUAUGAGGUUCCUCGAAUUGCACAGGGAUAUAACGGGGGAAGAGCCGGAACCACCCCCUUCUAUGAUGGAACGAUGUAAUGUGUGCAGUGAAAAAUCCAAUGUAGAGCGUUGCGCGCAUUGCGAAAAGAAAAUAUGCCCUGAUUGCAAAGAGGCUCAUGUAGAUAUUUUGAGACGAGAAAUUAACAGAAUAAAUAAUCAAGUACGCAGAGGUUUGCACAGAUUAUCCGAUGCAUUGAGUCAAACUAAGAAAAAUGCAGAAAAACUUCAACUCAACUGUAAACAAGUCAAAGAAGAAAUUGAUGACAUAGUAAAAAGAUAUUCGAAAGAUUUGAAAGUGACUGAAGGUAAAUUGAAGCACGAUUUAGAAGUGUAUACUCAAACCGAAUUGAAAUCCAUCACUAAAUUGAGGGAAGAUUUAGAAAUUGAAGUAAACAAUAUAUCGAGCAAUUGUGAACUUGUAGAUAAAUACAUAAAAGAUGAUUAUGAAUGGUCUGACGUAGAGCUUCUUGAAUAUAAGCAGAUAUUCCUUAAAAUGCUUGAUUUCCUUCGUACUUAUGAUUCUGAUAGUACAGAUUUCGCUAGAAGGAUAAAAUUUCAACCACGAGCAGAUCCAGAUGUAUUGCACAAAAACAUUGCAGAUUUUGGUGAACUGAAAAUUAAUGCUCCCAUGAAUCCAGUUCCUACGCAGCAAUCAUUAAUGCCUCCUAAUACAAAUGCAUUAAUGAGAAGUCAAAGUGACCACCGGCUGGCUGCUCAGUUUGCUAGGAGGUGUGACAACCGUUCAUUUUCUGACAUAAAUCAACGAAUGGAUAGUGAAAGGGAGAGGCCAACUUCUCCCUUGUUAGGAAGAAAUCGACGAGAUACCGACGGUUAUCGACGAUAUAGUGAAAGGUCCAGAGAAUAUGACUAUCAAGAUCGUUCUUCGAGUCGAUACUCAAGAGAAGAUACUGGGUUGAGCUCUCGGUGGCGGGAUGGUUCCGAUGAUUAUAGUCAUCGUAACCGAUAUAAUCGUGAUUAUGAAGACUCUGAAUCCGAGCCCCAUCAAAGUCGAACUGUCAGAUUUGCCGACGAACAGCAACAGAGAGAACGUAUUUUUGACGUCGAUGAUUCUGCUAAAGGUCCACUGAGUGGAGUUGUGAGGCUGCUUGAUUCACCAAAAGUAAUGGAAAGACUUCAUCAAAAUGAAGUAAAACAAAAACUGCAACAGGCAGAAUCAUCUAACUCUGAAGUAGUCCCUUCAACUCCAGCUGUUACUACCCCAAUUGUUCCGCAGCCUAAAAGGCCGACUUCUAGGCAGCAAAGUGAGGAUGACAUUGAUCGCCAAAAGAAAGCUAAUCAGCAGGCUGAUGCCUCGUCAAGUAGCACACCUCAAACUCCUCAAGUGGACGCAUCAUCUACUGCAGGAUCUCGAAGAAGCAGUGUUUCUGAUUCAGUUAGAAAUACUGAAUCAAUUGAUUCUACUAGUGCUCCUCCUGAAUCUUCAGAAUACUCAGACAGUUCUCGAAGCAAGAGGCGUCUUAGUGGCACGACCAGCUUUGAUGAACCAGCCAAUGACAUAAGGACGUUCUCCAGGUACACUCGUUCACCGUUGGUCAAGACCACAUCACUAGAUGCUGGUGAAGCGUGCCGGAAACCCUUGGACAAGAAACUUCUACCACGAGCUGCGACCCCAUUACGUCAACAAGAUUCAGAAGACUCUGAUGAAGAUGAUGACGAUGACGAUGAAGCAUACCAGAUUGCUACAGAGCCACCACCAAAACCAGUUCAAUCAUCUUUCUUCAAUCGACAAAGAAGGCUUCCUGAACCAGAACCACGACUGCUUGAAAUGCAUGACAAUGAUAGUGACGAAGAAUCUGAAUCUGACGAUGACGAAGAGGAUGAACCGGCACAGAUAACUGGCACUACUGCAGAGUCUCGAGAUAACAACGCGACAGAAAGUGAAGAUGACGAAGACGAUGAGGAAGAAGAGGAAGAAUCAAGCAGCUCCAGUGAAAGUGAGAAUGAAAGUAAAGAUUCUGAAGAUCAAGUAUUUCCGAAAUCGAAUUUAACAAACGCUCAAUCUGGCAAACAAUCGGGCUCUAAAUCAACGGAAACUCAGCAAGUAAAUUCGAAAUCUCAAGUAAGUGAUAGUUAUGAAAGUGAAUCAGAUGAUCAAAAUGAUCCAACUACGAAAGAAACAGAUGAAGAAGACGAUGAUGAAGAGGAGGAGUGUAAUACAAAAGUUCCAAGCAGUGUUUCAACAAUUACCCCACAUAGGAUUCCAGUAAACUGUGAUUCAAAUACAGUUUCAAGGGUACGUAAGAGAUCAGAUGAUACAGACACAACUGACAGCAGCACAGCGAGUUCUUCCACAAACUAUCAUAGCCUAAAUAACACAGACACUGCUGUCAACACAUCUAAUCAUCCAACUGAAGAUCGAAUUUCCUCAGAGGGUAGCAGUAAUGAUUCAACUCCUAGCCGAUUUCGAAGGCGGCCAUUUUUAGCUAGAAGCCGAAGUUCGCAUGAAAUCGGAUUGGGAAUUGAUUCUAGUCUCUACGUUGAUGAUGAAGAGGAAGAUGAUUCGCCAACACCUUACAGGUCCCGUUCAAAGAGGUUGUCUGAAGAUAUGACAAGAACGCGACCGUCCGAUUCAGAAACGACAGCCAGCAGCAACAACUGCUGGGCGAAAUAUUUGAACAAUAAAUAUGGCAGCAAUGCGACAGGUCGUGUUGUUCCACGUAGUAAAAGCUCUCAUUCCCUCUACCAGAAAAGUGAUAGUGAGACAUCGGAUGAUGAAUCGCCCACUGGACCAAUGUUAUCCAGCUCUUACGCUUUUUCAAAUCCCAGAAGCACUUACAUGCAAAAGCGCAGAAUGCUGAUGAAAAUAGGAUCCAGGGGAUCGGAUUCAUCAAAUUUUACAUGGCCAAGAGGGGUUGCUGUAGGACCAGAUAACUCAAUAGUCGUAGCUGAUAGCAGUAAUCACAGAAUACAGGUAUUUGAUUCAAUUGGUAAAUUCUCAUUUGAGUUUGGCACUUACGGCAGUGGCGACGGGGAGUUCGAUUGCCCAGCGGGAGUAUCAGUGAACCGGAUAGGACAAUUCAUCGUGUCGGAUCGCUACAACUACCGCGUCCAGCUAUUCGAUCCGACGGGCCGAUUUCUCCGGGCAUUCGGCUGCGAAGGCCGGACAGAUGGUCGCUUCAACUACCCUUGGGGUAUAGCUACCGACAGCCUGGGAUUCAUCUAUGUCUGUGAUAAAGAGAACCACCGAGUACAAGUGUUCCAAUCUGACGGAACAUUCGUCGGAAAAUUUGGCAGCCUCGGAAGUCGUCCAGGUCAACUAGAACACCCCCACUACAUUGCGGUCACCAACACCAACCGCGUUGUUGUCACUGAUACCAACAACCAUAGAGUCCAAAUAUUUGAUGUGAAUGGUCGUAGUCUAACAACAUUCGGAUCAGAGGGAUCCGACGAGGGUCACUUUAAAUUCCCAAAAGGAAUUGCUGUAGAUGACCAAGGCUAUAUCAUAGUGAGUGACAGUGGCAACAAUCGAAUACAAAUCUUCCUGCCAGAUGGUACUUUUCUUCGAUGUUUUGGUACGUGGGGUACAAGUGAUGGCGAGUUUAAAGGCUUAGAAGGACUUGCAGUUACCACAGGUGGAAGCAUCAUUGCCUGUGACAGGGAGAAUCAUCGUGUUCAAGUUUUCUAAA